CCCCAUGCCCUUGCUUUUGCAGGCUGUUAAUGGAGAAGAGGGCGGAUGACAGCCGGGACCGUGGUCAUCACAGGUGGAAUAUUAGCGACUGUCAUUUUACUUUGUAUCAUCGCCGUCCUCUGCUACUGUAGGCUCCAGUACUACUGCUGCAAGAAGGAUGAGUCCGAAGAGGAUGAGGAGGAGCCCGACUUCGCCGUGCACUCCCACAUCCCGCCGCUCCACUGCAACCGCAACGUGGUCCUGACCAACGGCCCGUCCCUCUACGCCUCGUCGCCCUUCGGCAAGAAGCCCACCCCGAGCCGGCCCAGCUGCCCCGGCUGCGUGCCCUACGAACCCCCCACCUUCUCCCUGCAGGAACCCCCCACCUUCUUCCUGCAGGAGCCCCCCGAGGAGCUGCACAACGGGGGCGACCGGGUGAGCUACAAGACGGUGAGCCAGGAGGAUCUUGACCUGCCGGUGAGCGUGGCCAACCUGCAGGCUCUCAACCCCAACCGGCUCUCGGCCAUGCGGGAGGCCUUCUCCCGCAGCCGCAGCAUCAGCACCGACGUGUGAGGUGCCUCCUGUCCCCCCCGGCCUGGAGCAUCACACCACACCUCACCGCAGGGAGAACUUUUGGAAAGAGUUUUGAAAAA